AUGAACGACUCAAACCAUAGACCCACAGUUGAUAGACAGGCAGGGAGAACAGACAGAGCUGGAAACUCGGAAUAUGAGAUUGUAUCUCCCUAUGAGGUCAACCACCAAGGCGUUUACAUCUCUCACGAAGUUGCCCACCACCAGCGCAGAAGGCGACGCAGAUCCCUGGACCCAGAUGCAGGCUCAUCAAACACUGACAGCGGCAGCGAAACUGUCCACUUCCGACUGAGCGGCUUGGGGCAGGACUUCCACAUGGAGCUGAGGGAGGCCUCUGAGAGCCUGAUUGCACCUGGCUUCACCAUCCAGGUCCUGGGAAAGAACGGCACCAAGACCCUGAGGGCCUACCACCAGGACGACCUCUGCUUUUACCAGGGGUCGCUGAAGUCAAGGGUCAACUCCUCUGUGGCACUGUCCACAUGCACAGGGAUGUCAGGUUUGAUCAGAACACAGGAUGCACACUACUUUCUGAGACCCGUGUCCCGCAGCCUCGCUCAGAAAGAGAACUUCACGGCACCCUCCAGUCACCAGCCACACAUCCUCUACAAGAGCGAGAGAGACUCCCCGACAGAGCAGAGAGGUCACAAGCCUCGGGGGCUUCAGAAGAGAUCCACAGAUUCAACUAUUCGCAAAUCACACAGAGACCUUGUCACCAAGAGAUCCACAGAAUCACAGACAGACCCGACCUAUAACACAGCUAACGAAGAUCAACACAUGGGCCUGCAGAAACAGCUAAGUGACAAAGAUAACAGCAACAGUCGUGGCAGUGGCCAUCACCGCAUCAGCCAUCGCCAUGAUAGUGACUACAGACAUAGGGAGAAACAGAGGCAACACUUCUGCGGGAGACGGAAGAAAUACAUGCCCAAACCUCCAGAAGGGGAUGUCUUUAUCCUUCCAGAUGAGUACAGGUUCAUCCCCAGAUACAAAAGAGCAGUGCUAAUGAAGAACCAGGCCAAUCAGAAGCUCAACGUGGAGAUGCUGGUGGUGGUGGACAGGAAGAUGAUGGACAACCACGGCCACGAGAACAUUACCACAUAUGUUCUUACCGUGCUUAAUAUGGUCUCCAGUCUCUUCAAAGACGGCACAAUAGGAGGGAACAUCAACAUAGUGAUAGUUGGCCUGGUGCUUCUGGAUGAAGAGCAGGAUGGCUUGGUGAUCAACCACCAUGCAGACCACACACUGAACAGCUUCUGCCACUGGCAGUCCACUCUGGGAGGCAGAGAGGGCCGACACCACGACCACGCCAUCCUCCUGACAGGACUUGACAUCUGCUCUUGGAAGAAUGAACCCUGUGACACACUUGGUUUUGCACCAAUUAGUGGGAUGUGCAGCAAGUACCGGAGCUGUACCAUUAAUGAGGAUACAGGCCUGGGUCUGGCAUUCACCAUCGCCCAUGAAUCUGGACACAACUUUGGUAUGGUCCAUGAUGGUGAAGGAAAUGUCUGUAAGAAGUCAGAGGGCAACAUCAUGUCUCCCACAUUAGCUGGUCACAAUGGUAUCUUCUCCUGGUCUGCCUGCAGCCGCCAGUACCUCAGCCGCUUCCUCAAUUCUGCCCAGGCUAUGUGCUUAUCAGAUGAACCCCGGGCAGUCAAGGAGUAUCGGUACCCUGAGAAGCUGCCUGGCGAGCUGUACGAUGCAGACACACAGUGUAAAUGGCAAUUUGGGGAGAAGGCCAAACUCUGCACCCUUGACUUCAAGAAGGAUAUCUGCAAGGCCCUGUGGUGCCACCGUGUUGGGAGGAAGUGUGAGACCAAGUUCAUGCCAGCCGCUGAAGGCUCUGCCUGCGGCCCUGAUAUGUGGUGUCGUAGGGGCCAGUGUGUGAAACAGGGUGACGAGGGCCCGAGGCCCCAGCAUGGCCAAUGGUCAGAGUGGUCGUCCUGGUCUGCCUGCUCACGAAGCUGUGAGAGCGGAGUCACCUAUCGAGAGAGGCAGUGCAACAAACCCAGACCUGCAUAUGGAGGCAAGUUCUGUGAGGGCUCCUCCAGGUCGUACAAACUUUGUAACACUGAGGAUUGUCCCGCCGACACCAUUGACUAUAGAGUGCAGCAGUGUGCAGAGUUCAACAGCAAACAGUUCAGAGGGUGGUACUACACCUGGAGGCCAUACACUAGAGUGGAUGAUCAAGAUGUAUGUAAGCUGUACUGCUUUGCUGAAGGCUACGAUUUCUUCUUUGCCCUGGCCAGCAAAGUUAAGGACGGGACACUCUGCUCACAGGACAGUUCUAAUGUCUGUAUUGACGGAUUGUGUGAGAGAGUGGGCUGCGACCGUGUUUUGGGCUCCACAGCUGUGCCUGAUGCUUGCGGAGUGUGUAAAGGAGACAACUCCACCUGCAAGAUCUACAAAGGACAAUACACGAAGCAGCAUUAUACUAACCAGUACUAUGGGGUGGUAACCAUCCCAGCGGGGGCUCGGAGUAUCCGUGUGAUGGAACUGAAUACAUCCAGCUCGUAUCUGGCUGUCAGAGAUGCCCAGAGACGCUACUUCUUGAACGGACACUGGACGGUGGACUGGCCAGGUAGACACCCCAUCGCCGGAGCCAUUUUUGAGUACAAGAGACCCUACAACAGACCAGAGAGCCUCACAUCAACUGGUCCCACCAAUGAGACACUGGUCAUAGAAAUAUUGUUGCAGGGCUGGAACCCAGGUGUACGUUGGGAAUACACUCUGAAGAAAGCUGAUGAGAAGAAGAAUCACAUCAAACAUAAUUAUACAUGGGCCAUCAUACGCUCCCAAUGCUCAGCAACUUGUGCUGGAGGCCAGAUGAACACUAAGUCAGCGUGCUACAGAGACUUGAGAGUGCAGGUGAAUACAUCCCACUGCAAUUCCAGAUCAAGACCAGCUACUGGACUGAUGCGCUGCAACACCCAACCUUGUCCUCCCAGUUGGUCUGUAGGAGAGUGGGGGGAGUGCAGCCAGAGCUGUGGAGGAGGCCAGCAGGCGCGGCAGGUCCAGUGUGUCCAAAGAACCAGCCAGGCCAACGUAGACGGCCAGGCCGACUCUCGCUGUGCCCAGCCCACCCCAGCCAGGAGGCAAGUCUGCAACACACACAGCUGUCCACCAGUUUGGAGCACCGGGCCAUGGUCACAGUGUUCUCGGAAGUGUGGCAACGGCUUGAGGAAGAGGACCGUCUUGUGUACGAGCAGCAACCCAGGUGCCCACACACAUACGCUGCCAGACAGUUUGUGUGCAGGCCUGCCAAAACCCGCCAGUCAAGAUUCCUGUUUCAUCAAACGCUGCCAGAAACAACGCAAAGUCCAGUGGUUUGUUUCCACGUGGCAAGAGUGUUCAGUAACAUGUGGUCGUGGCUAUCAGGCACGCUUCAUCAAGUGUGCAGAGAAGGACACUGCAGGUAAAUACAGGGAGCUUGCUGCCAAGAAGUGCCACCAUGUCCCCAAGCCCGCAGUAGAGCUCCAGAGGCCCUGCAUCCUGGCUGAGUGCCCUGUCCGGACUACCCCGCCAGUCCACCGAUGGAGCAGGUAUCAUCGCACCCAUCCACCUCAAACCCUCACUCAACCUCCACCUCGAGCAGAAUGGCACUCAUCUCCUUGGUCCCAGUGCACAGUGACAUGUGGAGGAGGAGUGCAGGCCAGGACGGUUCAGUGUCUGGUCCAAGAGAAGCCCUCUCCUGGCUGUGCCCUGCAUCUUAAACCUUCCAUGUCCCAGGCCUGCAACACCAACUUCUGCCCACAAACUGAGAAGAAAGACCUUGCGUGUAGAGAUUACUUCAACUGGUGUUACCUGGUGCCCCAGCAUGGAGUCUGCAACCACAAGUUCUACGGCAAGCAGUGCUGCCAGUCUUGUUCGAAUUCAAACGUAUAAUCAAACGGGGUGACUCUGUCUGUGACACAGACAGAUAGGUAACCAAUAUACUAUAUUUGAUGUCCAUGCUUGGAAAAAAAACAAUGUUUUUGCUUUAAGCGUGGGGCGAGCACUGAAAAACAAAUGACAUUUCAAUGGAAGUGCAAAGAGAGUUGCAGUGCCCUUUCUUCUCCCUGCGAUGCCGGACAUCUGGAUACAAGAACUUGUGCUGACAGCACAACACAGGAAUGUGAUCGGGACAGUACAAAUAAAGAAGAGAAUUAUGAGGAGGAACUAGCAAAAUUGGAAUCUUGAUUAAAGCAAGUUGGACUGACAUGUCCAAAUGAAACUGAAACCCUGAAAAAAAUACAGCUUUGUUUAUAUACUGUAUGUAAUUGAACAGAUCUGUCCCCAGGAGACCCAACAUCUUCCAGUCAACCAAAGGCUAAUGAUGGCAGACCAACAGAGAAAAAACGGUUGGCGAGGUUUCAGGCACUGCCACGCAACAACAUGUGAUACGAGCAGGUCCGCGCUUCAAUUCUUUAUCAAUUGGAAAUCUGGGGUCUGAUAAUGAAAAGGGAAGAAAACAUAAUUGUACUCUAAGAGCUUGUUAAAAAAAGCUUGAUAAUAAAAAAACAUGCUGGAAAUUAUCAAAGUGGGCUUCCUCAAUAGCUGGGUAAUAGCAGGAAGCUUUGUAAUGUCAUGUAAAAGAAAAAAGGAAAGAAAAGAAAACUAAACGCAUCAUACAAAAGAAAACUAUUCUAAGGUGAUGUGUGAACUGACUUUCAUACUCAGUGGUGCUACAACGUUGUCUUCUGUCACCAAAUCAAUGUGAAAUCCUCAAGUUUCAGGAAAUAGCAAGUGAAUUGUGUGACCCAUGUACAGUAUUGUUUGUUUUAUUUAUUGGCUUUACAAUGCAGCGUUGCUGGAGCAGCAUAAAUGUGUCCUUUUAUUACUCUAUACCCUAAGCCCCAUUACCUUAAUAUUUUGUAUCAUGUUUCAUAGGAUUUCAUGCUGACAAAAUGCACAUUUUUUAAAUCCCAUUUAUUUUUAUUUUUGAAGGAAAAACAAUUGUGAUGUCAAAAGCUCAAUAUAUCAAUGUCAACAAUGAUUUGGUGGCAAAAUAAAUGAUAAAAAGAAAUAAACAGCUGUCGAGUGGAAAUAACAAAAAGGAAUGAGCAUGCUGUGAGCCCCUGCUCCAUCUUUCCAUUACAUUACCCAACAUUAUUACACAAGUCAUGUAUUGCAUGCAUUAAUAUGGCACAAAAGUAAUGCAUUAUAUGUUGGUUAUGGUUUAUGGUAAGCUAUGACAGAUGGUGGUGAAUGCUAUUUCAUGUGAUUUCUACAGUGUAAACGAAAUAAAAAUAAACAAAUGUGUGUCAUGUCAGCA